UUUUUUUUAAUUCUAUUAAAAUGAUAUGAUUUUUAUAAUUGAACGAUUUAUUUUUCGAAAAAAUGCGGGUAACGGGUAUGGGUACUUAGGUACCCAUAGGAUAUGAGCACAAGUAUAAAGGUUGUUACCCACGUAGGUAUAAAGGUUGUUACCCAUUGUCAUUCCUAGUGAUUUACGGACUUUCUUAAAGACAAAUAGUUAGGAUAUGGCUGAAACAAUUAUUGGUCUGAAUAUGAUAAAGAAAGAGAAUAUGAAUUGAAAAUUAUGAAUACACGAGCAUGAAUGGCUAGAAUUGAGCAAAUGAGCGUUUGUUUAAUUUGAACCCUCGGGAACAUUGUAAAGCAAAGUGGAGAGACAGCUGAUUCUUCACGGCAAUGCAGAGUCAGCAGGAACAGAUUCUUCCCAACCAUUUAACUUUUGUUUUUUUCUUUCAAAAUAGUGUUUGGAAAUUGAACUAAGAUUAUAGUACAUACAUAAAUAAAUGUCAUUUUCCUUACUAAGCAAAAUAUUCUCCAUCUACACUAUACUGUAUCUCUCUAUAACAAAAAAACAGAAAACAAUACUAUAUUACGGACCAAGUAAUAGAUCUCAACCAUUUAUUUUUGAUCGGACGACUACUAUUAUAUUUUAAAAAAUUAGUACUAAACAAUCUUUACCUUAAUUCAAGAUCAGACAACCGAAAAUCAUUACAGCAGCACGCACAAAGUAACUGCGUGCAAUCCUUUUCCAUAUAUUACUAGUACUAGAAUUUAAGUAAGGGACAAUAAGAGGAAAGAGUAUUAGGUUCCUAGGUUCAAAAAUCUUAAACCACACAAAACAUUAUUACAUUAUUAACAUGUUUAGCAAAUUACUAUCUCCAAAAUGUUUAACACAGAAAGAUUUUCAUAGGUAGUCCCAAAUUUCUCCUAUCCCCAAGAAUGAUUCAUUCUUGUUCUAGAAGUAUUACUAUGUUAUCCCUCUUACACUCUCUCCCUUUGCCUCUGUCAUGUUCUCUGCUUUUAGUUUUUCAUGCAAAAUUCUCAUUACUUUAAUCUAAGUCCUUUUUUCCACUUUUCAAAACAAUCCAAAUCCUAAUCACGUUUCCCUCUCCACUUUCAAACCUCCCUCACCACAUCAUCAAAACCGCUGAGAAUUAAAUGCACACUUUUCCCCCUAAUAAUCCCAAAAAACAUCAUCCUUUUUUGUUGCUACACACAACAAUUAAAGUAAAGUGAAUCUUGUGAGAACUGUCCCUAUUUUCAUGCAUGAAAAUCAGAAACUCACUCACGAGGAAUAUCACUAACUAAGAUUCUAAGAAGUGUAUGUAUGACUCAAAUUCAAACUACUAUUAACACCUUCAAAACUUCAUCAUUCUCAUCAUUUCUCACUCUACCAAAAUUCUACAACAUGGAAAAAAUACUCAUUCUUAUUCUUCUCUUUUCAUUACUAUGUUCAAUUGGAAGCACUUUUUCACUCUCAAGAGACUAUGAAAUUCUGCUUCAUGUCAAGAACACUCAAAUUGAUGACCAAAACAAGAGUCUCAACAAUUGGCUUCCAAACACAGAACACAAUCCUUGUAACUGGACCGGUAUAACCUGUGAUUCACGAAACAAAUCAGUUAUAUCCAUCGACCUCUCAGAAAUCGGCAUUUAUGGCGAUUUUCCCUUUAAUUUCUGUCGAAUUCCAACUCUCCAAAACCUAUCACUUGCUGUCAAUUAUCUUGGCAAUGAAAUUUCCUCACAUUCCAUGCUGCCAUGUUCACAUCUUCGUGUCUUGAACAUCUCCGAUAACUUAUUUGUCGGAAACUUACCAGAAUUCAACGCAGAAAUCUUUCAACUAAGAGUACUCGACGCCUCAACCAACAACUUCUCCGGUGAUAUUCCGGCUAGUUUUGGCCGGUUUCCACACCUGAAAGUACUCAUUUUAUCUAAUAACCUUUUCACCGGUGACAUUCCGGCAAGUUUUGGCCUAUUUCCGCAACUGAAUGUACUUAGUUUGUCCGGUAACUUUUUCACCGGAACAAUUCCUUCAAUUUUAGGUAAUCUCAGUGAAUUAACUCAAUUUGAACUUGCUUAUACAGAAACAAUGAAACCAGGUCCUUUACCUUCUCAACUAGGAAAUCUUACAAAGCUAGAAAUUCUCUACCUUGCCAAUAUCAACCUCAUAGGUAACAUACCAGAUUCUAUUGGAAACCUUAUUUCCAUCAAAAACUUUGAUUUGUCUCAAAAUUCCUUGUCUGGUAAAAUCCCAGAAACCAUUUCUGGUAUGAAAAAUGUUGAAAAAAUUGUACUAUUUGAUAACAAUCUUUCUGGUGAAAUUCCACAAGGUUUAACAAAUCUUACAAAUUUGUUUCUAUUAGACCUCUCUCAGAACACUCUCACCGGAAAAUUGACGAAAGAACUCGCUUCGAUGAAUCUUUCUGUUCUUCACUUGAAUGACAAUUUUCUCAGUGGAGAAGUUCCAGAAAGUUUAGCUUUGAAUCCAAAUUUGCAGGAUUUGUGUCUUUUCAACAAUAGCUUUUCAGGGAAACUACCACAAGAUCUUGGAAAAUACUCUGCCAUUGAAGAAAUCGAUGUUUCAACAAAUAACUUCAUUGGAGAGUUACCAAAGUUUCUCUGUCAAAAGAAGAAGCUUCAAAGACUUCUCACAUUCAAAAACCGAUUUUCCGGUUCUCUUCCUGAUGAGUAUGGUGAUUGUGAUUCUCUUCAUUAUGUAAGAAUUGAGAACAAUGAACUUUCUGGUUCAGUUCCAGCAAGAUUCUGGAACCUGCCCAAUUUUUCUCUUCUGAAAAUGGAUCAUAACAGGUUUGAAGGUUCAGUCUCAGGUUCAAUCAGAGCAAAGGGAUUAAUCAAACUAGUUUUAGCCGGUAAUAGGUUUUCCGGUGAGUUUCCGGUAGGUGUCUGCCAACUUAUUGAGCUUGUGCAAAUUGACAUUGGAAACAACAGGUUUACCGGUGAAGUUCCUACCUGCAUAACCGGUUUGAAAAAGUUGCAGAAACUGAAUAUGCAGGGGAACAUGUUCACCGGUAAAAUUCCUAGUAAUGUAUCUUCAUGGACUGAAUUAACCGAGUUAAACUUGUCAAAUAACCGGUUCACUGGUUCAAUUCCACCGGAACUUGGUAAUUUGCCUGGUUUAAUAUACCUUGAUCUCUCCGUUAAUUCUUUAACGGGGAAGAUUCCGGUGGAGUUAACAAGCUUAAGGUUGAAUCAGUUCAAUGUUUCUGAUAACAAAUUGUCUGGUGAGGUUCCUUCGGAUUUUAACCGCGAAGUUUACUUAUCGGGACUAAUGGGUAACCCGGGUUUGUGUAGCAAUGUAAUGAAAAACUUUCAUUCUUGUUCAAAACAUAGACCCUUUUCAGUUGUUGCAAUAAUUGUUUUAUCUGCUUCUGUUGUGUUGAUUUUUGUAUCUGGUUUAUGGUUCUUGAAGAAAAAGUCGAAAUCUUUCGUUGGAAAAUCUAAACGGGCUUUUAUGACAACUGCAUUUCAGAGAGUUGGGUUCAAUGAGGAAGAUAUAGUUCCUUUUUUAACCAAUGAGAAUUUGAUUGGAAGAGGCGGGUCGGGUCAGGUUUAUAAAGUGAAAGUGAAAACGGGUCAAAUAGUUGCUGUGAAGAAACUUUGGGGUUGUGGAACACAGAAACCUGAUAUAGAAUCUGUGUUCAAGUCAGAGAUUGAAACAUUGGGUAGAAUUAGACAUGCUAAUAUAGUGAAACUGUUGUUUUGUUGUAGUGCUGAUGAUUUCAGAAUUUUGGUUUAUGAGUACAUGGAAAAUGGAAGUUUAGGUGAUGUUUUGCAUGAGGGGAAGUUUGAGGAAUUGUUGGAUUGGUCUAAGAGAUUUGGAAUUGCUUUAGGUGCUGCUAAAGGGUUAGCUUAUUUACACCAUGAUUGUGUUCCUCCUAUUGUUCAUAGGGAUGUUAAGAGUAAUAACAUAUUGCUUGAUCAUGAUUGUGUGCCUCGUGUCGCUGAUUUUGGACUUGCUAAGACGUUGCAGCGCGACGCAAGUGAAGCUGCUAUGUCUAGAGUUGCUGGUUCAUAUGGUUACAUUGCUCCAGAAUAUGGUUAUACAUUGAAAGUGACUGAGAAGAGUGAUGUGUAUAGUUUUGGUGUGGUGUUGAUGGAAUUGAUAACUGGGAAGAGGCCAAAUGACUCAUAUUUUGGUGAGAACAAAGAUAUUGUGAAGUGGAUAACUGAGAUUGCUAUAUCAACAUCUCAUGAAGUAGGAGGAAGUGACAACAUUAGAGGAGGCCUAGAUUGUGUUGUGACAAAGAUUGUGGACCCAAGAUUGAACUUGGAUACUUGUGAUUAUGAAGAGGUUGAAAAGGUUUUGAAUGUGGCUCUACUUUGUACAUCAGCAUUUCCAAUUAAUAGACCUUCAAUGAGAAAAGUGGUUGAAUUGCUUAAGGACCAGAAAUUAGCUCGUCUCAAGUCAUGAAAUUCCAUUGGACUUUCUAAGUGAAAGUGAUUGAUGUCUUUAGUAUGGUGAAAAAUUUUCAAAUUUUGAAGGAAGUUUUCAACUUAUAUUUAUUGAGGACUUAAUUAGCUAUUAUGAGUGAUGGUUUACUCACUCUAAGUAUGUAAAUCUUCUUGUAAAGAUGGGGCAUGAGAAUCUUGCCUCGAUCAAAGUUAAGAAUUUGAGAACUAAAAAAUUUACAACUAUAUUAUUUAGUAUAUUAUAAGUGAGUAUUAUAUUGUGUAAAAAAUGUACAAAUUGUGUGAUUAUUUUUAUCUUAAUGUGAUGAUCUGUGGUACUUUAACCGAA